UCUUUCUACAAACGCUUAAACUUCCGUCCCCAUCAUCAUUUCUUUUUUUUAAUCUUUUGCAAUUUUGUUCUGGAGUUUUCUUUAUGGGAGAAGCCAAAAACCUAGAUAUUCAUAGUAGCUAAUAAAGUGGACGAAGAGAAUGAAGGAGAUGAUAGAGAAGCCACGAAAGAUCAACAUGUUGAUAAGGAAAUGGGUUUCGGAUCUUGAUUGGCGUCUUCUCUUCUUGGUAAUCGUUCCCCUUUCGCUUCUUCUUUUUGUUUCUUUAUCAUAUACACCAAUCAACUCUGUUUUCCCGCUCCGGUCUUUCAUCUUCAACAGAAACAACUUCUCCGAUUGUAUCAGUACAUGCCCCCCUAGGCCCCCCAAUCAAACCCAUUUGGCCAAGUCUGAGUUGCUUCAGUCGAGGAUCGCGGUGUGCUUGGUUGGUGGAGCCAGAAGAUUCGAGCUCACGGGACCCUCGAUCGUGGAGAAGGUUCUUAAAGAGUAUCCUAAUGCAGACCUCUUUUUGCACAGUCCCAUGGACAAGAAUACCUUCAAAUUAUUACUUCUAAAGACGGUGCCAAGGCUCGCCUCGGUUCGAAUAUUUGAGCAGAAAUUCGUGCCGCAGACGGAGGAGCAAGUUCGAGUCCUCACGGCUGCGAACUCCCCUAAUGGCAUCCAGGGUCUUCUACAGUAUUUUAAUUUGGUGGAGGGAUGCCUCGCGAUGAUCGAAUCACACCAAAGGCAACACAACUUCACAUACGACUGGAUAGUCCGCACAAGAGUAGACGGUUACUGGAAUGCACCUUUACAACCCCAAAACUUCGUGUCAGGCCAAUACACUGUCCCUUCGGGUUCUGUCUACGGCGGCCUUAAUGACCGCCUCGGCAUCGGCGACUUUUACACUUCAAAAAUUGCUCUCUCCCGCCUUUCUCUCAUCCCCAAACUUGACUCGGCUGGGUACAGUCAACUCAACUCAGAGUCAGCGUUCAAGGCCCAACUCACCACCCAAAACGUAUCUUACGUAGAAAAUAGAUUACCGUUCUGCGUCGUGACGGAUCGGACGUACCAGUUCCCGCCUGCCCAUUUGGGAGUGCCAGUGGCGGCGUUGUCGAGUCCUGGUCCACUAAGUGGGGCCAAAUGUAGGCCUUGCACCCCUAUAUGCAAAGACCUUUGCGUGGCGGAUAUAAUGUCAUGGCUUGACAAGAGAUGGAGCUGGACCAACUGGGGUAACGGGACUCUUGAGCUAUGCAAUGCUCAAGGUGACUGGGAGAACGGAUGGGAGAAGAUUUUUGAUAGAGUUGCUGGUAAAAAACUCGCUGCUGAGAGGAGGCGAGUUAAGGUUUUGAACUUUGAUAAAUGUGUUCGUGAUUUUAGAGAAAUGAAGCAGAAGGCUGUCAAGUGGGAGGCACCUGGGGUGAAGGAGAUCUGUAGACUCGGGCUGGGGAUGUCACGGAGGUGAUUCUUUUACAGCUUUAAUUUAGGUUUUACUUUUGGAAUUGUAAAUUUUUCAUAUUGAAAAUCUUUUUCAACAUAAAUACAUGGGCUAUACGUUGUAAUCUGGCAUCAGCAAUGUGUAAACGAAGUAGCUUCGGAUAUAAUAUUUUCUAUAAAGCGCGCAAUGGAAUGUUCUUAUGAAUUUU